ACGCGAUCAUUAUUGUGUUAGUGCGUCCAGUACUGUGGAGGGACCUGCUCUGUGUGCAUGUGAUCUGUUGUUUUGUAAGGCACAGGAUGGUUAUUCCUGCACUUGUAAAAGGCUUCAACCCUGCCUAAUCAUGAGAUGCCACUGGGUUGUCUUUGCCUCACAUUUUGUUUUGCUGCCACUAACAGCGUGGUGCCAGCCAGUGAUCUCCCCCGGUGGACCUCACAUUGUUGUUCCCAAGAGAGGGAAGCUGGAGCUGAGUUGCCAUGACAAUGCCACAAUGUCUGGUACCCCGUCCAGGUUGAGGUGGCAGAGGGAGCGUGCUCGCCGACUGGAGGGAGAGGUGGAGGAGGACGGAGCGGCUUAUGUCAGGGUGUCAGCAGCGCAGGCCUACCACAUGGGUCGUUAUGUGUGCAUUAACCACAGCACGCUGGAACACAGCUCCAUCUAUGUAUAUGUGAAAGACCCCCAGAAUGCCUUCCAGCGCACCAUGGUGAAUGUCAUCCUGGUGCGAGAAGGUGAAAACUGCACCAUCCCCUGUCUUGUGACCGACCCUGAAGUCACCCUCUUGGCUUUGGAGAUGUGCGACGGACGACCUUUGCUCUCUGGAAUGAGCUACCACAGCAACCACCAACAAGGCGUCAUUAUCAGCAAUGUGAGAAAGGAAUAUGAUGGUUGCUUCGUAUGUGUGGGGCAGCUUGAUGGAGCCAAAGUGACGUCUAUCCAAUACACUGUUGAUGUACGACUUGUGCCAGAGGUGCCUCCGGUGAUCACGCUGUCCCACAAAGACACUGUUAUCCUGAGAAAAGGAGAACAGUUUAAGAUCACCUGCAGCUCCUCUAACGUCAACACAGACUUCAGUGUCAAGUGGGAUUUCCCCUCCACAGCGCAUCCCGAGGAAUUCCACUCCUCACACAUCCUGUCAGGUUCCAAUGGUGUCGACCGUGUGACCAUACUGUUGAUACAGGAUGUCAGCAAGUCAGACUCUGGGACUUACCGCUGCCAUUCCCACAAUGAGAAAGGCUCCACUGACACCGUGCUGCAACUGGAUGUCCAAGAUCAAGGCUUCAUCACCAUGUUAGGCAGCCCAGCUCCAGUGCAGGCUGAUGUCAAAGAGGGGGAGAGCCUCACCCUCAGAGUUGAACUCAAUGCCUAUCCUGCUCCACGUUCCCUGUCCUGGUCUUACAAUGACAAGCGGCUCCUCAACACUACAGAGCACGUCAUUACAAUCCAUCGCCGUAAAUAUAGACUCCUCAGCGAGCUCAGACUGGUGAGGGUCCUCGGCUCGGAGGGAGGGAUCUAUAAGUUCUCAGCGAGUCAUGAAGACGCAUCUGUAGAUCACCCGUUUCAUGUGUACGUCAACAGCAAGCCACUUAUCAUCGCCCAGGAAGGCCCUGUUGAUGGACAGGUGAGAUGCGUUGCCUCUGGUUACCCAGUCCCUAAAAUCAGCUGGUACUUCUGUGAGCUGCCCCACACAAGGUGCUCACACCUGCCCAAUGCCACCCAAUGGGAGACUCCGGAUGUCGCCAUGGUGACAGAGUCUGUCUUUGGUAGAAGUGAGGUGGUUAGCCAUCUGAACGUGAGCAAGGAGCACACACACUAUCCCACCCUGGAGUGUGUGGCGAGUACGGAGGAGGGGGAGGAGGCCUACACACUGUUUUCCAUCAGUGAACGAACCGUCCCCCAUAAACUCUUCACUCCUCUUCUGACCGGCAUGGUGGCCACUGGUGUCUUCCUCAGCCUCAUUCUGGUGGUGCUGCUCUAUAAAUACAUGCAGAAACCAAAGUUUCAAAUCCAGUGGAAGGUCAUCGAGAGUAUCCAUGGCAACAAUUACAUAUAUAUUGACCCCACCCAGCUGCCAUAUGACUCCAAAUGGGAGUUUCCUCGACAGAAACUACGCUUCGAUGUUCCCACAGGUAAAACUCUAGGCUCUGGGGCUUUUGGAAAGGUAGUGAGGGCCACGGCAUACGGACUCUGCUCUGCAGAUACUGUGACAACUGUCGCUGUUAAAAUGCUGAAACCCAACGCUCAUGCUACGGAGAAAGAGGCACUGAUGUCAGAGCUGAAAGUGCUCAGUUACCUUGGAAACCACGUGAACAUUGUUAACCUGCUGGGAGCCUGCACUGUCGGAGGCCCAAUUUUGGUGAUCACAGAGUACUGUUGCUAUGGCGACCUCCUUAACUUCCUGCGGAGAAAAAGAGAGUCCUUCCUCAACUCCCAAGUUGGUGAUGGUUACUAUCGCAACGUCUCGAACCAAACAGAGCCUAAAGCAAGUGGAGAUGUGAUUGGUACAGAAUAUAUGCCCAUGCGUCCCUCUGAGAAAGAAAGGGCUUCCCAAUCAGCGGAUAUUGAGGAGCUGUCUCUGGACGCAGAGGAUCUCCUCAGCUUUUCCUACCAAGUGGCCAAGGGAAUGGAGUACAUUACUUCCAAGAAUUGUGUCCACAGGGAUCUUGCAGCCAGAAACAUUUUGCUGACUCACGGCAGGGUGGCUAAGAUCUGUGACUUUGGGCUGGCACGAGACAUCACGACUGAUGCCAGCUAUGUGCUUCGGGGCAAUGCUCGUCUGCCGGUGAAGUGGAUGUCUCCUGAAAGCAUCUUCGACUGCGUCUACACCUAUGAGAGUGACGUGUGGUCCUACGGCAUUCUGCUCUGGGAAAUCUUCUCUCUGGGUAACAGCCCGUAUCCUGGGAUGCAGGUGGGCUCAGUAUUUUACAGGAUGAUUCAAGAUGGAAAAAGGAUGAGCAGGCCUGAGUUUGCUCCCAUUGAGAUGUAUGACAUGAUGUUGUCUUGUUGGAGCCACGAUCCUUUGAAGAGGCCUUCCUUUAGGAAACUGGUGGAGAGGACUGAGCUACUGCUGUCAGAAAAUACCAGGAAUGUGUAUCUGAGACUGAGCAACGCUCCAGGUCAUCCCGAGCAGCAGAGGGCGCCAACGCGGCGGCUGAGCUCAGUCUGCAGCACCACAGCACCCACUCAACCUCUACUGCAAAGCACGGCUGAUGUCUUCAUGGACUAUGUCUAACAAACACACCUGAUCAUGGUCACCAAGAGCCAAAUGCACUCUGUAAACUAACAACAACACACUCAAACUAACUGUCAUGUGCAUCUCUCACUCACACUCACACUCUCACACACACACACACACACACACACACACACACACACACACACACACACACACACACACACACACACACACACACACACACACACACACACACACACUGUACAUAUAUAUUAUAUAUGUCCCUGCACUGGUCUCUCAGUAUUGUGCUCUAUCUAAUCUCCCCAUUGUUGUAUUGAUCUCUGCAGGUAGGUAUUUCAGGUGCAGUCUAUAUAAAGCAGACUCCAGCAUUAACCGCCAUCAGAUACUUACAACAUCCCCCAUCAACAGCAAAGGGAGUUUGGCUCACAUUCAGCCUUAGAUUGCAUCUUAAAAAGCUUUGGGGAAAACAGAGACCUUUGACUGAGGAAAAGAUAAGCACAGUUGGCGCUGUGAUUGGUGGACUUUAUUUUGUGUCUACGUUUUUACAGGAAUAUUUUUGUCAGUUUGGGUUAUAUAAAUGAAUACAGCUUUUUUUUGCAGAAAGCAGUGGUUUCCAGGACACCUUGUUCGAAACCUUAUUUAGACUUGUUUUGCAAAUUUUAUUUUGUUCUUAAGAGUCUUAACAAGUUGUGCUUAUGCACAUGUUUACUCAUUGUACAUAUACAAGAGCCAGGCUAGCAGUUUCCCCAUGUCUUCAGUCUUAAUGCUCUACACUAACUGACUGCUGGCUCCUCCUGCAAAUGUAAUUGUUAUCAUCCAACCCUCUGCAAGAAAGCAAAUAAUAUCUUUCUUUUAAACUCUUAAAAGUCUUACUUUACUGUUAGAGUCACUAGAUUAACAUGAGUUGAUGUCUGCAAGCCUUACGAAAACUGGUUUUAAUUGGGCUUGUAAGACAAAAGAUGCCUUAUAGUACCUGAAGCCGCUUUUACAUUAUAACAAAUGAGCCAUAGCUAGGUGGCGUGCAAGCGAUAACUCCUAAAAAACAACAUAAAGUGACCAUAAGUCACAGAAACACUGAUUCCCACCUGUGCGUUGUAGGUUGAAUACUGUGACUAACUGGUGUGUUGCUGUAUGUAUUCUACGGUUAGCUUUAGUUUAGUCUGUGGCCAGGCGUUUAGGACUGUUUGCUCUUUUGACUGGAUUUAUGUCAAACAUGUAUGCAAUGUAAAUAUAAUAGAGAUGUGCCUUUAGGUUCUUUUUGUGAAAUACUGAAUACAUUUGAUUGUGACACUGUUAUUGUCAAGAGCCAGGAUAGUUUCUGUAUGCUGGUUUUGAUACAGUUGGAUUACUUGUAAUAAAGAAAGUACCUGUGAUGGUAGAAACUUAAAA